UUCAAAAUCACAAAAGCCUAAAAAGAGCCCGCCGAUAAGGCCCUUGGAAAAUUUGGAAAAUUCCAACAAUCGAUAGCGAUAAUUCCACUCCUCAAAGCGAGAAAUCCAUCACUCCACAAUACAUCCAGCUACAGAGAGAACAAUAGAUAUGGAAAAUAUAUGUGUAGCAGUAAGAGUAAGGCCAUCGGUGGCCCAAGAGAACUCCAACAGAACUUACUGGAAGGUUGAAGACAAUAGCAUUUCUCUUCACAAGUCCCUCGGCACACCUGUCUCUGGUGUUUCUUUUUCCUUCGACCAUGUAUUCGAUGAAAACUGCACAAAUGCUAUGGUUUAUGAGCUUCUUAUUAAGGACAUUAUUGAAGCCGCAGUCGAGGGUUUCAAUGGAACUGCUUUUGCAUAUGGACAGACCAGCAGUGGCAAGACUUUUACAAUGAAUGGUACUGACAAUGAUCCAGGAAUUAUUCAUCAGGCUGUGAAAGACAUAUUUAGAAAAAUUCAGAUGACAACUGACAGAGAAUUCCUGAUUCGAGUUUCUUACAUGGAAAUUUACAAUGAAGAAAUUAAUGAUCUUUUUGCAGUAGAGAACCAGAAACUGCAAAUUCAUGAGAGUUUUGAGCGUGGAAUAUUUGUUGCAGACCUUAGGGAUGAAAUUGUGAAUAGUGCUGAACAAGUGCUUAAACUCAUCCAAUCUGGACAAGUUAAUAGGCACUUUGGUGAGACAAACAUGAAUAUUCAAAGUAGUAGGUCUCACACUAUAUUUAGGAUGGAAAUUGAAAGCAAGCAAAGGGAUACAAGUUCUUGUAGUGAUUAUUCAAUUUCAGAUGAUGCUAUUCGUGUUUCUGUCUUGAAUUUGGUAGAUUUGGCUGGGUCUGAACGGAUUGCUAAAACUGGAGCAGAUGGAGUUCGUUUGAAGGAAGGAAAACACAUCAACAAGAGCUUAAUGGUUCUUGGCAACGUGAUUAACAAACUGAGUGAAGGUGAAAAACAAAGGGGACACAUUCCUUAUCGUGAUAGUAAGCUCACUCGCAUACUUCAACCAGCUCUUGGUGGUAAUGCCAAAACUUCAAUAAUAUGCACUGUAGCACCUGAAGAGGUCCAUGUAGAGGAAACAAAAGGAACUCUCCAGUUUGCUAGCAGAGCCAAACGCAUUACCAAUUGUGUUCUAGUGAAUGAGAUCUUGGCAGAUGCGGUCUUAUUGAAGCGACAGAAACUAGAGAUAGAGGAACUGCGUCAUAAACUUCAGGGAUCUCAUGUAGAGCUUUUGGAGCAAGAGAUCUUGAAGCUGCGGAAUGACAUGCUUAAGUAUGAAAUAGAGCGUGAGAAACUUGCUAUGGAAGUCGAGGAGGAGAGGAAACCACAAAAAGAGCGAGAUCAAUGUAUUGGGGAGCAGCAGAUGACAAUUCAUAAUCUCAGUAGUCUUGUCACUUUCCCAGAUUGGGAUAGAAGUUCUAGCCAGGGAGAGGAAUUUGCAAGGCAAAGGAAGGAAAAAAGUUUUUACUGUCAUGGGACAUGCCAAGAAGAUGCUUUUAGAACCCCUUGUUUUAAGGCAGUUCCAAGUGCCUUUGUAGUCAAACGGUCAAAUUAUUCUCGACAACCUGAGUGGAGCCCUCUUCCAGAUUCGUUUAGCAAUGUUGCUGAUGAAGAGAUGUGGCUGAAAAUGAACAAAGGCUACAUAGCUGAUCUGGAUGGACUUCACAUUACUCCUGCAAGAAGAGUUCAAUCUUUUCCAUAUGGUAGCUACACUGAGGAUUACAUCAAAGAGGUCCAAUAUCUCAAGAGACAAUUGGAACUUAAUUUUAAAGAAAAAGAUGAACUCAAGAGAAACCACACAGAACAAUUACUAUUGAACAGUCAAUUAAUGAGGGAGAUAUCUGAACUUCAACAAGAGGCACUACGAAUCCAAGAAGUUCCUCGACAGCUGCAUGAAUCUGUGGCAUAUUGCAAAGAUGUAUAUAAGAACGUUUUGUCAACUUUGCAGGUGAAACAUGUGUAACAUCAUUGUCUCCCCUUCGUAAAGCUUCCUUGUGGUUCACAUACCUUUUGAGCUAAUGUGCAUGAACCCGUAGAUUCGUGCUUUUAGCUUUUAAUUUCCAUAUUAAAUAUUUUCGAGAAAUAGAAAGUCAAUUUUUCUCCCAUAGAAUUGAGCUAGUACUUGUUACUAAUGAUAUGGAGAGGAGCCAAAUAUCAGUCUGGCAUUCUGAUUUAUUGAUUAUUUUAGAAGCCUGCAGUUUUAUC